AUGACCAAGAGCAGAGUUCUCCUUGUUGGCACUGGUGGCAUAGGCACCGUAUCGGCAUACCAUCUGGAGAAGGGAGGCCUUGCUGAAGUCACGGCCGUAAUGCGAUCGAAUUACGAGGCCGCAAUGAAAAAUGGUAUCGAUAUCGACUCCGUGCAAUUUGGUCAAAUCAAGGCCUGGAAACCAACUGCCAUUACAAAGAGCGUGCCAGAUGUCUCCAAAGAAGACACUCAACCGUUCGACUACAUCCUCGUCACCACCAAGAGUAUCCCUGAUGCCCCUCCAACAGUUGCGGACAUCAUUGCCCCAGCCGUCACCCCAGGCAAAACAGCCAAUGUACUUUCUCAAAACGGCAUCAACAUCGAGAAACCUCUUAUUACCCGAGAUCUACCAGACGACGACGAUUGCCAGAAGAUCGGCGCAUUUUUCAGUCCCCAAGUUCCCACUGAAGCCGCCGAAGCCGCCGCAAAGCAAUACGUACAGAUAUAUAACCCAGACGGCAAACUGGAUGUCAUCUACGCACCUGAAAUUGACAAGAUCCGCUGGCGCAAAAUCGCGUAUAAUGCAUCAAUGAACCCCGUGGCUACUAUCUUGCGCAUGGACGUUCCUCGCAUUAAAAUGAGCAAACAUAUCGUUGAUGACUUGAUUGUGCCUAUCGUACUGGAGAUUCGGGCUGUUGCCGAAGCUAAAGGAGUUACACUGCAGCCUGAUCUUAUUCAUGCUGUCACUCAUCAGGAUCCGAAUGAUACAGCUUUCAAGCCGAGUAUGUGCCAGGACUAUGAGAAGGGAAAUCUUAUGGAGAUUGAGAACAUUGUUUCUGAGCCAUUGCGUGAGGCAGAGAAAUUGAAUAUCCCUACACCUACACUAAAGACUGUUUAUGGUAUCACGAAGGGCCUGCAGUUGAAGGUCAAGGAAGAGAAGGGUCUGUGGGGGCCGAAGUUUGAGCCGGGAAAUCCUUAUGAAUAA